AUCUACCAGUGGCAAGUUGGGACAUUCCUUUUCUGGUUUGUUCUCGCCAUCUACUUUGACAAUAUCAUUCCCAACGCGUCCGGUGUAAGAAAACCCAUCUUCUAUUUUUUAACACCUGGUUACUGGACUGGUAAAGGAGGCAAUAAAGUGGAAGGUAUUGUCUCCUCAUAGGUCUCCUGAGCAGUCGUUUACUUUGUUGGAAAAUAUAAACCCCAAUCAUGCUCCUAUAUACACUUUACAGAAGGCAGCAUUUUUAGCUGUAUUGGUUCAGUUCCACCCGUUGAGCAUGUAGCGCCAGAGGACGAGGAUGUGCUUGAAGAGGAGACACUAGUUAAGCAACAAGCAAUGGAUGGAAUAGUCGAUCCUAGCAUUGCAGUUCAGAUUCAUGGUCUUGCUAAGACAUAUCCAGGAACUACAAAACUUGGUUGUUGUAAAUGCACCAAAACAUCUCCUUUUCAUGCUGUAAAGGGUUUAUGGAUGAAUAUAGCCAAAGACCAGUUGUUUUGUCUUCUUGGACCCAAUGGUGCAGGGAAGACAACUUCUAUCAGCUGUUUGACUGGCAUAAAUCCAAUUACUGGUGGGGAUGCUCUUAUAUAUGGAGAUUCCGUAAGAAGCUCUGUUGGUAUGUCGAACAUUCGUAAAAUGAUAGGAGUGUGUCCUCAGUUUGAUAUCCUUUGGGAUGCUUUAUCAAGUGAAGAACACCUCCACCUCUUUGCUAGCAUCAAAGGGUUGCCGCCUGCAUCUAUCAACUCGACCGCUGAGAAGUUACUGGCCGAUGUAAAACUGACAGGAGCGGCCAAAGUUAGAGCAGGAAGCUACAGUGGUGGGAUGAAGCGCCGACUCAGUGUUGCAGUUGCACUCAUUGGUGAUCCCAAGCUGGUCUUCCUAGAUGAACCGACAACUGGCAUGGACCCUAUCACGAGGAGACAUGUGUGGGACAUUAUACAAGAUUCAAAGAAAGGCCGUGCCAUCAUACUGACCACGCAUUCCAUGGAAGAAGCUGAUAUUUUAAGCGACCGAAUAGGGAUCAUGGCUAAGGGCAGGCUCCGCUGCAUUGGUACCUCAAUCAGGUUAAAAUCUCGCUUCGGAACUGGUUUUGUUGCUACCGUUAGCUUCGUUGAAAGCAAAAAGGACAAUAGCAGUGCUUCUGGAGAUUUGCAUGAGCCAGUGAAGAGAUUCUUUAACGAGGCACGCAUACACACUCAAACGUUUUUUAAUAUGGCCGAUUUGACCUAA